UCUUACCUGCUUAUUUUACCAGAGCCAUCAAAUCACAGACGAAAUUUGGGUCUAGCUUGUUAUUUUGCUUUAAUGAAUUCUAAGUAUCGUUGAGAUGAUUCACAAUGUCGAUGUCCCCAUUUGUGUUAUUUGCAGAAGGAUGGUUUAGUGAUGCAAGCAACCAAGCAAUGAGAUUUGGUGAUCUCCCUCCAUGGGCUGUUGAACUUUCUGCGCUUGUUCGCGAAUGUAUUUGCAUUGGUGAUGUUGAUGUUGGCAUCAGCCCAGGGUGGACGAACGAGGAUGAAGAUGCAUGUCCUCUGCCAUCAGAUUUGCUAUGGAGGGAACCGCUUUUUGAUCAACUGAUUGCAAACAGAUACAAGCCAGGUGAGGGUAUCUGUGCUCAUGUUGAUCUGAUGCGCUUCGACGACGGGAUUGCAAUAGUCUCUCUUGAGUCCGCCUGCGUGAUGAACUUCAGUCGAGAAUGCGCUUCCUAUGAUACACAGAAUACACAGAAGCACGGGGAGAGUGAAUCGACCAAUGUCCCUGUCUACCUGAACCCAGGUUCACUUGUAGUACUGUCAGGCGAUGCACGGUAUCACUGGAAGCACGAGAUAAACCGCAAGCCAGGUGCUCAACUCUGGAAUGGGAGAGAGCUUGAACAGCAUAGAAGAACUUCAGUUACUCUGAGGAAACUUAAGGCUUCUCCCAACUAAAGUUGGCAGGGUUAACAUUUGUUGCAAAAUGUUAGUGUUUGGCAAUGUUACACUGAUUAUUUUUGCUAAAGAUGACCAGCUCGAUGUUUUUGUCAUGUGAAUACAAUGUUCCGGUAUUUGAAACACACUGUAGACUAUUCCGAAAUUAUGAAAGUAAGAAUUUAUUUUCUUUGUGGAGGCA